AUGAACAUCAGUGACAUUUCGCCAUCCCACCACAAGAAGCAGCUGCACAGCAAACGGUCCUUUGGAAAACACCCGUCCUUGGUGGACUCGCCGGCGUACGAUGCAUCCGAAGAAGAUAACGACCCUUUAACUGACGACGGGGCAUCUGCAGUUUCGGUUCCCAUAUCAAAACCCUCCGCGAACAGCUACAACAGCCUUCCCAGAAGCCCUGCCUCUAAGCCUCCAACCUCUUCGCCUCCGUUCAAUCGCGCCAAACAUCAGCUAGCCUCCAUUGUCAUGUCAGAUCACUCUGACGGUGUCGAUUCGCCGACCUACGAUGGAGAUAUCGAGUCUAGCACCACUGCAGUACGCGAGCCUCACAGGGCGUCGGCGCACCAUCACAGUUCGUCCUCUGUUUCUACGUUGAAUAGCGUCCACAUUUCCUCUUCGACCACCACUCCACUGAACGAGAACGGCCCCUCCAACCACCCCAUAAAUCCCCUCGCGGCUCCACUCCUUGUCACGGAAGAGCCCCCUGUCCCAGCACCCACGCAGAACACGAUCAAUCCCGCCGCGCUCAGCGUCCAGGAUAUCCGGAGUUUCGUGCAGAAGGCCAUCGAUGGCGAGUCAUUCCGAAAGUACAAAAUCAAUCCCCCUCCAGUAGGCAGACCCGUUCGUGUUUACGCUGACGGGGUAUAUGAUCUGUUCCAUUUUGGACAUGCGCUGCAACUUCGACAGGCAAAGUUUGCAUUUCCGAGCGUGUACCUCCUCGUUGGAGUCAACUCGGACGAGCUCGUAUGGCAACACAAAGCACGCACAGUCAUGAACCACGGCGAACGAUGUGAAUCAGUGAGACAUUGUCGAUGGGUAGACGAGGUUGUCGCCGAGGCACCGUGGGUCAUUGACGGUGCAUUCAUCGAGAAAUAUCAAAUCGACUACGUUGCGCACGAUGAAGACCCCUACGCCUCUGGGGAAUACGACGAUGUAUACGGGUUUGCCAAGAGUCAAGGCAAAUUUAUCCCUACUAGGCGCACUCCAGGCGUCUCCACAUCCGAACUCCUCGAACGCAUCGUUGCUGGAUAUCGCAAGCGCGAUUUCGACGCUAAAUUGGAGAAGAUGGGACAUGCAGAACUCAAAGCCGAAGGUAUCGACUUCGACAGUGCGAAUAACAGCAAAGCUGCAAGCAGGGCCGUAAGCAGAAGUAUAAGCCCAAUAAAUCCCGCUUAG